AUUCGCGCUCUCAAGCUCCCUGCAACUGUUAUUUUUAAUUGAAUGUCCCUUGAAUUCAAAAUUUUCCUGUAAAAUUAUAUCAUAAUGAAUCGGUUAACGAAAAUUUUUCAACCUACGCUAAUCGUCCCGAAAAAUGCCGUCGUCAAAAACCAGGACGUGACCUCGAAAAGCCAACGGCUAAUGCUCGAGCAGGGCCUGAUCCGGCAGGCCGGCAACGGAACCUUCUACCUCAUGCCACUGCUGCAGCGCUCGCUCCAGAAGGCCGUCGACCUGGUGGACCACUUUAUGCAGCGGCACGCGUCCGCCCAGAAGCUCACCCUGCCCAUCCUGACGGCGGCCAGCUUGUGGCGCCAAAGUGGCCGGCUGGAGAGCGCUGGGCCGGAACUGAUGCGCACCACCGACCGGCACGGCAAGCAGCAGAUCCUGGGUCCCACGCACGAGGAGAGCAUCACCGCGCUGGUGGCGUCCAUUUCGCCCGUUUCGUAUCGGACGUUUCCGCUGCGGCUGUACCAGAUUUCGACCAAGUUCCGGGACGAGAUGAAGCCUAGGUUUGGGUUGAUGCGCGCGAAGGAGUUUCUGAUGAAGGAUUUGUAUACGUUCGAUGUGGGACGGGGGGAAGCGCGGGAGACGUAUGAGGAGGUGAACGAGGCGUAUCGGAAGUUGUUUGAUGCGGUUGGGGUUGGGUAUGUUAAGGUUCGUGGGGACACCGGGACGAUUGGGGGAUCGGAGUCGCAUGAGUAUCACUUUCCGAGCGAGGUUGGGGAGGAUCAGCUGGUUUGUUGUGGGGAGUGUGGGAUGGGUUGGAACCAGGAGAUGUUCGGGGGGGGUGAGAGGUGCUGUGGGGCCAACGUGAGUCGGCAGGCCGGGAUUGAGGUGGCGCAUGCAUUUAUUUUGGACGACAAGUACAGUAAAACGAUGGGGGCGAAGUUUUUGGCUCAGAACGGAAAGCCGGAAACGUUGCAGAUGGGAUGCUACGGUAUUGGCGUGACGCGGUUGUUGGCGGCUGGGGUUGAGGUGUUGUCCGGUGAAAAAGACAUUCGGUGGCCGUUUGCGUUGGCGCCGUUCAAGGUUUGUUUGAUUCCACCGAAGGAAGGCAGUAAAGAAGCGGGACUGGGUGAAAAGUGGGUUGAAAAGUUGAAUUUUGAAAUCGGAAAGCUGAGUGGAGUGGGUUCGGAUGUUUUGGUAGAUGAUCGUACCAACAUGACCAUCGGGAAACGACUUAUGGACGCGCGCAAGACCGGAUAUCCGAUAGUGGUUGUGAUCGGACCAAAAGCUGCUACCGAAAGUGGAGAACUGUUUGAAAUUCACAAUCACGUGGAUGGAAGUCAGUUAAACCUUAGCUUUAGUGAAACUCUAGCCGAAAUAAAACGCAUUUGUGAUAGUCAGUUUAGUUAUUAAGAGUCAUAAGAGAGUUUACAUUAAACUGUUUAGGAAUGCACUGAUUUCCGUUAGAAA